GAGGGAGGGGGAAGACAAGGCAGAGAAGGAGCUGAGUGAGAGCGCGGAGCGAGCGGCGGGCGGCAGGGAGCUGGAUACCCUGGACAGCGCAUUGCUUCUCUCGCCCUCCACAGCGCCCGCCUGGCCACCGCACCCCUCUCGUCCGCACCAUGGAGCAGCUGAAGGCUUUGGACUGGGAAAUAAACACAUUUGUGGAUUAUAUGUUUGGGCCUCGAGAUUCCAGGGUCAGAGGAUGGUUCCUGUUGGAUUCUUACCUACCCACAUUUUUCCUUACUGUAGUAUAUCUACUUUCCAUAUGGCUGGGUAUCAAGUUUAUGAAGAACAGGCCUGCAUUCUCUCUCAGGGGUCAUCUCAUUGUGUAUAACCUUGGAGUUACAGUGCUUUCCUUGUACAUGCUCAUAGAGCUUAUGCUCUCCAGUUGGGAAGGAGGCUAUAACUUACAGUGUCAGAACCUUGUCAGCGCAGGAGAAGCCGAUAUCCGGGUGGCCAAGGUGCUGUGGUGGUAUUAUUUUUCCAAAGCAAUUGAAUUCAUGGACACUAUUUUCUUUGUACUGAGGAAGAAAAACAGUCAAAUUACUUUCCUUCAUGUAUAUCAUCAUGCCACUAUGUUUAACAUCUGGUGGUGUGUUCUGAACUGGAUCCCUUGUGGACAAAGUUUCUUUGGACCCACUUUGAAUAGUUUUAUCCAUGUUCUCAUGUACUCCUACUAUGGAUUUUCUGUCAUUCCUUCCAUGCGCAAGUAUCUGUGGUGGAAGAAAUACCUCACUCAGGCACAACUGAUUCAGUUUCUGCUCACCAUUAUCCACACUCUUAGUGCUGCCGUGAAGCCAUGUGGAUUUCCAUUUGGUUGCCUCAUGUUCCAGUCUUCGUACAUGGCCACACUGGUUAUUCUGUUUAUAAACUUUUAUAUUAAGACGUACCAGAAAAGCCCUACAAGAACCGAUAUGAAGAAGGUCCCUCCUGUGACAGAAAUCAGGAAUGGUUUCCAUAAAGACUAUUUUGCUUCAGCCAAUGGGGUUCUGAACAAUAAGAAAGCACAAUAAGUACAGUAACUCAAUACUACAUUGUAGUAUUUUUCACUUUUUCUAAAUAAAAAGAGACUGAGUUACAAGACA